GGCCGGCGGCCGGCGGUCGGCGCCGCGGUCGAGCCGUGCCUGCCCGCCGGAGGCCGUCGAGCUCGCCCAGGUACCGCUCACAUUCUCCGCCGGCUGGGCUUGCUCCUCGUCGUACUCCGGCACACCGCCUCGCUCGCGUCUCACCUGGACUCCGGCAGAUGCUAUCUGCCAUGGCUUGGACCACUAAAGGAUGCUAUUGUAGUACACGACUCUUCCGUUAAUCAAGUGGUCCGGAGUGAAGAACAUCACAUCACGUAGAUGGGCCAGUAGCCGUUCUUGCUGGAAAUCAGGUGGAAGGGCGGCACCAUCAGCCUGAUUGUCCUUCUUUCUCGUGCGGUCUUCUUGGAAACAUAUCGUCUCCAUUUCGUCGGGCAAGUGAUCCACCUGGGUGUGGCUAUCGAUCUUGCGAGCUGGUUUGCAGUGAUACCAAGGCUACGAUACGCAUCGGCGGUGCAACUUACUAUGUGUCUAGCAUCAACUACAGUAAUUCUUCCUUCUGGGUUGUUGAUGCCGACUUGGAUUUACACAACAGCUGCCCUCUACCUCGGUGGAAUCCUCCAUACCCACACGACAACAUGGAAGUCGAAUUGGACCCCCUUGUAGAUACUCGGGCUUGCUUUGUAGAAUGCUCUCAGGAAGUAAAGGGCACUGGUAUGUACAUGCCUGUUGCUUGCCUAAGCACCAACGAUUCUUUUGUUUACGUGUUAACUGGCCUCAGAUCUACAUACAUGGAGUACCUUCAACCUUCUUGUGGGUACUUGGCCGUGACUCCUCGACCUUGGGACGGUCCGGCGCUAGAAAAUGCAAGUUAUGCAGAUGUUGUGAAAUCCAUGAGGAGUGGAUUUGCUGUUCUAUUUCCUUUGAGAGCUUAUAGGGAGGGCAUCAAGAGAUGCGUAAGGCGUGGGAUUCGCAAGUUUCAUGAAUGGCCAGUGUCUGGAAGGAGCAUCAAGGAUUGGAUUGUGGGAAUUCUUCUGGUUGAGGGAGAUUUCGCAGACUGCAUAUUUGAUGUGACUGGAUUUCCUUAUUAUGUUGGAUACGAGCGGGUCACCAUACUAAUUACUAUGUGGAUUGUGACACUGACUGCAGAUCUAUGCAGGUUCUUGUUGGCACCCCUGGCUGUGUUGAUCUUUCUGGCCCACAAGUAUUGGAAAACAAGGAUCAGAAUUGAUGCAAUCGGGAAGUUCCUCCAAAUGCAACAAAUGCUUGGCCCGACAAGGUAUGCCUAUACUGACAUCACCGCAGUCACGAGCCAUUUCAGAGAUAAGCUGGGUCAGGGAGGCUACGGAUCUGUGUUUAAGGGUGUGAUAUCGCCAGGCAAUGUUCAUGUCGCGGUUAAGAUGCUAGACUGUAACUCCAACUGUAAUGGAGAAGAUUUUAUCAGUGAAGUUUCAACCAUUGGCAGGAUCCACCAUAUUAAUGUGGUGCGUUUAGUGGGGUUCUGCCCGGAGGAAAUGAGACAAGCGCUCGUCUACGAGUACAUGCCUCAAGGUUCUCUUGACAAGUACAUCUUCUCGGCCGAGAAGAAUUUCUCUUGGGACAAGCUAAAUGAGAUUGCUUUGGGCAUUGCCAGAGGGAUUGAUUACUUGCAUCAGGGUUGUGACAUGCAGAUUCUUCACUUUGACAUCAAGCCACACAACAUCCUUCUUGACAACAAUUUUAUCCCAAAAGUUGCUGACUUCGGUCUCGCAAAACUAUACCCAAGGGACAUCAGUUUUGUGCCGUCGAGAGCGCUACGGGGAACUAUAGGGUACAUAGCUCCUGAGAUGAUAUCUAGGAGCUUUGGCGUCAUAUCGAGCAAGUCCGAUGUUUACAGCUUUGGGAUGCUGCUGCUGGAGAUGGCUGGAGGAAGAAGGAAUGCUGAUCCGAAUGCAGCAAAUUCUAGCCAAGCAUACUACCCGGCAUGGGUGUAUGACCGACUAACCCAACAAGACCAUGUUGGUGAGAUAUCUAACCAUGUUGAUGCUGAGAUGCAUGAGUUGGAGAGGAAGCUGUGCAUCGUCGGACUAUGGUGCAUCCAGAUGAAAUCUCAUGAUAGGCCGACGAUGAGCGCGGCAAUAGAGAUGCUGGAAGGCAGCGCGGAUACCUUGCAGAUGCCUUCCAGGCCAUUCUUCUGUGACGAAGGGCACGUCCAUACCGAUGAUACUUACCGUUUGUCGUCCGAGUUGACUGAAAUCUCUGAGGAUAUGAGUGAAAAUAUUGAUGUGUGAUGUAAUGCAGAAAAUGAUGCACUUAGCUGGUGCAUUUUUCUUGAAACAAUGGAUGUACAUAUGGUUGUAUCAAGCAUGAAACUAUCUGCUGUAUUUCCGGAGUGGUGUGUACAUGUAAUAGCUAGCGGAGUAGAAGAACUACUACUGAUGAUAUGUCCAUGUCAUCUUAUUCAUGCA